GACUGCGAUCCCGUGAGAGUGUGCGAGUGUGUUUGGUUUCGGAAGGGAGUGGAAAGCCCUCCGCGACACAGUGUCACUCAUAUAAUGUGACACAGGGAGGGGACAGGGGAGAGAGAGAGCGAGGGUUCGUAUCGGUUGUGGCUACAGAACACUGGGAAAAAAGGCAAUGCACGCGCGCACCGUCGCCUAGGCUACCGUCGGUGCCGUUAUCUAGCCUUCUGAAUGAAGGAUUGAAGCUGAAGAUUCCCAAAGGUUUUCCUCCCGGAGAAAACAGAAACAAUAUUUGUUUUUUGUUUUUCUCUCUCUCUCUGUCUCUCUCUCUCUUUCUCGCUCCUCCAUCCUUCUUUCGGGUCUCUGAGGAUGUGUCAGAACUGAGCUGUCUGUCAUUGAGAAGAAGCUGAUAUAUGAAAAUCAGAGCUGGUGUCAGAAGUUGACAAGACAGAGGACACGGAUAUUGAAAGACACAACGCUAAGACCAAUGUUAUGUCUGCCUAAAGUAACCUUACACAACGAAGCGGAUCGUAAAGACCGAGACCGGAAUCCUCAUCGCCACGAGACCUGCGGUGACCAGCGGAUCACAGGUGCAAGCACUCGUACACCGGAGAGAAACGAGACGUCGCUGGAGGAAUACGGUUUCAAGUGUGUUCUAAAACACAGAAGGAUCAUGUCACGCCUACAUCUCCACCUCUCCUCCCUCCGUUCCUCCUCUCUCUCCUCUGUCCUUCUCCUAGUCUUCCUCUCCUCCAUGCUCCUCCUGUCCCUCCCCAGCCCGGCCGUGGCCGGUACCACUCCUCUAUCAGAGGGGGGUAACGUAAAGGCUAACUGCACGGCUACAGGAGACCCCUGUCAGGAGGGGGUGGUACUGCCCGUCUGGAACCCACAGAACCCCUCUGUAGGAGACAAGGUAGCGCGGGCCAUUGUCUACUUUGUAGCGAUGAUCUAUAUGUUCCUGGGGAUGUCCAUCAUAGCUGAUAGAUUCAUGUCUUCUAUAGAGGUGAUAACCUCUCAGGAGAAGGAGAUCACCAUAAAGAAGUGGAACGGGGAGACAACCACAGCUACAGUGAGGAUCUGGAAUGAGACUGUGUCUAACCUCACUCUCAUGGCUCUGGGGUCAUCCGCUCCUGAGAUACUGCUCUCUGUUAUAGAGGUGUGUGGCCACGGCUUUGAGGCUGGUUCUCUGGGUCCCUCCACCAUUGUGGGCAGUGCUGCUUUUAACAUGUUCAUCAUCAUCGCGCUGUGUGUCUAUGUGGUUCCUGACGGAGAGACCAGGAAGAUUAAACAUCUCCGUGUGUUUUUCGUGACCGCGGCGUGGAGUGUGUUUGCAUACAUCUGGCUGUAUCUUAUCCUGUGUGUGUUCUCUCCUGGAGAGGUGGAAGUCUGGGAGGCCGUGGUCACCUUUCUGUUCUUCCCCCUCUGCGUGGUCCAGGCAUGGGUGGCCGAUCGACGAUUGCUCUUCUACAAGUACGUCCGCAAGCGUUACCGUGCCGACAAGCACAGAGGCAUCAUCGUUGAGACGGAGGUAGGGAUGGACGGAGGGAUGGGAGGAGGAGGAGGAGGAGGAGGAGGAGGGAUGUUGGGGCCGGGUGGGUUCACUAAGAUGGACAUGAUGGAGCUGGACGGACAGGUGGUGGAGGGAUGGAGGGAUGGAGGGAUGCUGGAGGACGGAGGACAAGAAGGGAGGAGGGAUCUGGAGGACGUGGCCAGGAGAGACAUGGCGAGGACCCUGAAGGAGCUGAAAGCCAGACACCCUGAUAGAGACACAGAGCAGCUUAUAGAGAUGGCCAACUACCAGGUGUUGGUCCAGCAACAGAAGAGCCGAGCGUUCUACCGUAUCCAGGCAACCAGGAUGAUGAUCGGAGCAGGCAACAUCCUGAAGAAGCAUGCUGCUGACCAGGCUAGGAAGGUGGUGAGCAGCCAGGAGCCCCACCUGCAGGAAGACGACCCCCACACGACCCGGAUGGAGUUUCAACCCUCCCACUACCAGUGCUUCGAGAACUGUGGCUCACUCAAACUGACCGUGGCCCGACAUGGCGGAGACCCUGGAGCUUCUGUUAAGGUGGACUACCGUACAGAAGACGGCACAGCCAACGCCGGUUCAGACUAUGAAUUCGCUGAAGGGACCCUCCUCUUCAAGCCGGGCGAGACCCUGAAAGAGAUAACUGUGGGCAUCAUAGACGACGACAUCUUCGAAGAGGAUGAGUACUUCUACGUUCACCUCAGUAACCCUCGUGUGGUUGGCUACGACCCGUUGGAGACAAACUCUAACUCCUCCCCCAAGGCGGUGCUCGGUGACGGCCACACGGCGACGGUGACCAUCUACGACGACGAUCACGCGGGGAUAUUUUCGUUUGAGAUCGACGCCCUGCGGGUGAGCGAGAGUGUUGGGGUCAUGGAGGUCAAGGUUCAGAGGACGUCGGGGGCUCGGGGGCUGGUGGUGGUGCCUUACAGGACCGUAGACGGGACAGCCCGGGGUGGAGAGGAUUUCGAAGAGGUGUCUGGGAAUCUGGAGUUCCAGAACGACGAGACGAUGAAGAUAAUCGAGGUGAAGAUUAUUGAUGAUGAGCUUUAUGAAAAGAACAAGACCUUCACAAUGGAGCUGGGGGAACCGCUACUUCUGGAUGCUGGCCAAAAACACGGUGACUCCAAUGAGAACAAGCCGACGGAUGACGAGGUGGCCAAGAUGGGCUGUCCCAGUCUGGGAGAAAACACACGGAUAGAGGUGGUCAUCGAAGAGUCUUACGAGUUCAAGUGUGGGGUGAAUACACUUAUGAGAAGAGCUAAGAAGAACACAGUAGAUAAGCUGAUCAAGAAGACUAAUCUUGCGUUGGUGGUGGGAAGCUGCAGCUGGAGAGAGCAGUUUGUCUCUGCCGUCACUGUCAGCGCAGGUGAUGAUGAUGAUGAGGAGAGUGGUGAAGAGCGUCUCCCGUCCUGUUUUGACUACAUCAUGCACUUCCUCACCGUCUUCUGGAAAGUUCUGUUUGCCUUUGUCCCUCCGACAGAGUACUGGAAUGGCUGGGCCUGCUUCAUCGUCUCCAUCAGUCUCAUCGGAGUUCUGACGGCUGUAACAGGAGACCUGGCCUCUGCCUUCGGCUGCACUGUGGGUCUGAAGGACUCUGUCACUGCCGUGGUGUUUGUAGCACUAGGGACCUCUGUACCAGACACCUUUGCCAGUAAGGUGGCCGCCAUCCAGGACCAGUACGCCGACGCCUCCAUCGGCAACGUAACCGGUAGCAACGCCGUGAACGUCUUCCUUGGGAUCGGAGUGGCGUGGACCAUCGCCGCCGUGUUCUGGCGCUCCAAAGGCCAGGUGUUUCGUGUCGACCCGGGCUCGCUGGCGUUCUCCGUCACGCUCUUCACGGUGAUGGCGUGCAUAUGCGUGAUGAUCCUCCUCUACCGACGGCGAGCGUCAGUGGCAGGCGGGGAGCUCGGAGGGCCGAGGACUACCAAGAUCAUCACAUCACUGGUCUUCUUCUUCAUGUGGCUGAUCUAUAUAUUGCUGUCAUCACUGGAGGCAUACUGUCACAUACCUGGGUUCUAGAGAGAGAGAGAGAGAUGGCGGGGCGGGUUGGGGGAGACAGAGAGGAGGAAUAGACACAGGGAGGGAACAAAAGGAAACUCGGCAAAAACUGGUUGAAUCAACAUUGUUUCCACGUUGUUUCAACAACAACAAAAAUGAAGCGUAAUGACGUUUAUUCAACGUUUAUUCAACGUGGGAAACGGAUUGGAUUUGCAACUUAAAUCCAAUGUCACAGGGACAUUUUUUUGUCAGCCAAAUGUAAAUGAAAAGUAGAUGUUGAAUUGACGUCUGCGCCAGUGGGAAGGGAGGGAGGCAGAGAGGACAUGUUGGAAAGAGCAUUCCCCCAUCUAACACUAGAGUCAGUAUUCUCCAUCUAACACUAGAGUCAGUAUUCUCCAUCUAACACUAGAGUCAGUAUUCUCCAUCUAACACUAGAGUCAGUAUUCUCCAUCUAACACUAGAGUCAGUAUCCCCCAUCUAACACUAGAGUCAGUAUUCUCCAUCUAACACUAGAGUCAGUAUUCUCCAUCUAACACUAGAGUCAGUAUUCUCCAUCUAACACUAGAGUCAGUAUUCUCCAUCUAACACUAGAGUCAGUAUCCCCCAUCUAACACUAGAGUCAGUAUUCUCCAUCUAACACUAGAGUCAGUAUUCUCCAUCUAACACUAGAGUCAGUAUUCUCCAUCUAACACUAGAGUCAGUAUCCCCCAUCUAACACUAGAGUCAGUAUUCUCCAUCUAACACUAGAGUCAGUAUUCUCCAUCUAACACUAGAGUCAGUAUUCUCCAUCUAACACUAGAGUCAGUAUUCUCCAUAUCAGUGAAAGCCUCUAAAAUCCCCUGCUGUUGUCCAACAGGUAGAGGUCAUAUCAGUGAAAGCCUCUAAUCCAACAGGUAGAGGUCAUAUCAGUGAAAGCCUCUAACAUCCAAAAGGUAGAGGUCAUAUCAGUGAAAGCCUCUAACAUCCAAAAGGUAGAGGUCAUAUCAGACACAUCAACCUUUCUGUCCCUGCUUUACGACCCUCCUCUCUUCCUCUCUCUCUUUCCUUCCCUCGCUCACUCCGCCCAGCCUUAUUCUCCAAUAGACUGUAAACGUCUUAAUAUUGUCUUGAAGUGAUAGGCUAGUAGAGGACGUUAGACCACACCCCUUUCCCCGCCACCCUCGCUCCUGUUGAGCCAAUCCCAAGUCACCUUGCUCCUUAAGGAAGACCUUGCCCCUCCCACUUUUCGACGGCGUUGGUGUGUAGAUGUUGUUAUUGCGAAAUUGUAAAGAAAACAAUAAAUAAUGAAAACGAUGAUUAUUAUGAAGAAGUAUGUUAAAAACAUUGGAAUGAGAGAGAAGAUGAUAUUAAAAGACUAUAAUUAUUAUGUGAGAACUGUACGGAAUGAUAAUAAUUGAACUUUGCAAUAAAGAAAAUGUUGAAUAUGAAAUAUAUUAAAAUACUUAUAAAAAAAAAACACUAUUGUUGGAUAUAAAACUAAGAUUAAACUAACCUGUUAGUAGAAAAUGUGACCAACUAGCCCACCGAGUAGUGACAUUUUGUCUUUUCAAAUAUUGCGUGGAGUAGAUUUUGGACCCAGACUAUCAAUAUAUUUGUCUACUAGUCCGGCUGACCCAGUGCCCAAAAUCCUUCAUUUCCAUCCCUGGUUACAACCAUUAUAACCAAGCAGGAAAUGACAUAAUGCCCAAACAGGAUAUCAGGUAACCGGAAACAGAAAGGAGGGUGGACCAAACUGACAAACUUAAUUUAGACCAAUGAAAUUUGAGGAUAAUCAUGACGAUGAUGAUGAUUGGUCAAUUGUUUCUAACUGUGUGUUGUAUAAGAGACAUUUCCGAUGUUUGUCUUAAAAACUAAACAAACAAAGAAACUAUGGGUUUUAUGCUGAAUAAAUAAAUAAACAAGAUUUGAAUAUA